UAACUGAUCCUUCACCCUGUGGCAGCAGCAAAAGGUAACAGCUGACAAACUGCUGGCAGAGGGGCACAGAGAGGUGAAAAACUAGGAGAGGCAACUCUGUGUCUCUCCACAGUACGCACGGCAGCCUCCAGCAACUUGCACUCCGAGCUCGCACCCCCUUGGUUGUUGGCAAAACAAAGCAUUGGCAAAGGCAUUUCACGCGAGCAGCAAAAGGUGCUUCGCAAGCAGCGAGCUGAGCACCAGUUGCUUCUUGCGAGGACGCGGGAUGGGGAAGACAGCGCUGCUGGCUGUGCUGUGCCUCUGCCUGCGCGGGGCCGCCGGCUCCGAUCCCGCAGAAGCUGAGAUGAAUUUUGAGGGAAUCGAGAGCAAGUUUUCCUUAAGAACACCUGCAGAGCCUGAUGAAGAUGUCUGCUACCUGGUUCCUGGACAGAUGGACAGCUUGGCACAGUGCAACUUCAACCAUACCAGUAAAACCUUUGUGGUGAUCCAUGGGUGGACGGUGACAGGAAUGUAUGAAAGCUGGGUCCCAAAGCUAGUGGAUGCUCUGUACAAGAGGGAACCUGAUUCAAAUGUCAUUGUUGUGGACUGGCUGGUUCGAGCUCAGCAGCACUACCCAGUGUCUGCUGCUUACACGAAGCUGGUGGGAAAGGAUGUUGCCAUGUUCAUUGAUUGGAUGGAGGAGAAAUUCAAUUACCCUCUCAACAAUGUCCACUUGCUGGGGUACAGUCUGGGUGCUCAUGCUGCUGGGAUUGCUGGAAGUUUAACCAAGAAAAAGGUGAACAGAAUUACUGGUCUGGAUCCUGCUGGUCCCACCUUUGAGUAUGCUGAUGCCCCUAUCCGCCUCUCCCCGGAUGAUGCUGACUUUGUGGAUGUCCUGCACACCUACACUCGAGGCUCUCCAGAUCGCAGCAUUGGGAUUCAGAAGCCUGUUGGACACAUUGAUAUCUACCCUAAUGGUGGAGGUUUCCAGCCAGGCUGCAACUUGGGAGAAGCUCUCCGCCUGAUUGCUGAAAAAGGCUUUUCAGAUGUGGAUCAGCUGGUGAAGUGCUCUCAUGAACGAUCCAUCCAUCUCUUCAUUGACUCACUCCUCUAUGAAGAGAAGCCCAGCAUGGCCUACCGCUGCAACACAAAAGAGGCCUUUGAGAAGGGCCUCUGCCUAAGCUGCCGGAAGAACCGUUGCAACAACUUGGGUUAUAAAGUCAACAGAGUGAGAACAAAGAGAAACACCAAAAUGUACUUGAAGACCCGUGCUCAGAUGCCCUACAAAGUCUUCCAUUAUCAGGUCAAGAUACAUUUCUUUGGAAAGACAAAUGUGACCAAGGUAGACCAGCCAUUCCUGAUCUCUCUGUAUGGCACUCUAGACGAGAGUGAGAACAUUCCUUUCACGCUGCCUGAAGUCUCUUCCAACAAGACCUUCUCCUUCCUGAUCUACACAGAAGUGGACAUUGGUGACCUGCUUAUGCUAAAGCUGCAGUGGGAGAAAGAUACUUUCUUCAGCUGGUCAGACUGGUGGACUCCAUUUGCAUUCACCAUUCAGAGAGUCAGAGUGAAGUCAGGCGAAACUCAGAAAAAGGUGGUAUUCUGUUCUCGAGAUGGCAGCUCACGUCUUGGUAAAGGAGAAGAGGCAGCAAUAUUUGUGAAGUGCCUGGAGCAGCCUGUCAGCAGGAAGAGGGGAGGUGCCAAGAAAGCCUCUAAAGAAAAUUCUGCACACGAGUCUGCUUAAAAAGUGGCAAGAAUGAGAAUUUCCACACUGGGGAGGAGGAUGGAGUCUGUUCAUCCCUGUGAACUGGAUGUUCAGAACCAAAUAUAUAGAAAUACUUAUCUGCUGCUGGCUUUUGUGCCUGCUAUACCUAGCUAUAUUAGGAGGCUUCUUGUAAGGAAGUCUCAGCGUACAAAGUUACUAACCAUAAAGUUACAUUAUCUGAAUAGUUAAGAACAAAGAAACCCCUGCAACAACUUGCCAAAGGCUUGAGUGUUAGGAAGGAAUAAGUAAUUUUGCUUAAUCGUGGUGCCUUGUGACAGUUUCUUGCCAUCAGUUCCUCUUUAGCAGUUUUGUAGUAUUUAUUGAAAAGAUGCAAAGCUCUGUACCUGGUCCUCUUUUUAGUGUUUUUUGUUUCCAAUUUUUAUUUUUUUAAGAGAUCUUCUGGAACUGCACAGAUCUUUUUUUGUUGUUCUCCUGGCCUUGCUAACUGAAUUUUCAGGCAGUUCAUUGGCUAGAGUUCGUUGUCUUCAAGUGGUGUGUUUGGCAAGUGAGUAGUUUUCUCAUGGAAAAAAAUACCCUUGUGUGUAGAGCUAUAACAGAGAUGUCAGGGCCUGGUUCAAUAUGGGGAUGAAUCUUCUAGGUUGUGGUUAUGAAUGUGCUUUACUGGGUGUAGAUGCCAAUGCUUCUUAGCAAUAGUUAUAAUCUGUUAAGAUAUGUAAUCCUAUGCAGCUUAUCCCGGAAUAAAUAGCAAUAGGAGAAGACAGCAAUACCAGUGUCCUAUGCAGACAUUCAACUUUUCAUUCAUGCUUUCAUCCCUCAAGAAUGGAGUCAUCUAACUUCCAUCACUGAGUAAGAAACUGCAAUGGAAUUAAGCUACAAAAAGCUGCAGAGAAUGGAUUUUUUUUUUUUUUUUUUACUACUUACUUGCAUCUGAGAUGCCAAAACUAAGAGCGUCAGUGCUGUUUAAAACUGAAUGUCAAUCACUCAGCUGAGUGGCAGCUGUAUCCAGUCUUUGGUGCAACUGAAACCAAGUGCCAGGUGACAAAUGUACUCCUGCUUCCCUGUGCUGGAAUUGUGACUUCCAUUGACCAGCCUCUGCUGUUUGACUGUGACAGAAUGGUAGAUACUAGGAGUCGCUUGAUUUUCUGAUCUGAGGUGGAAUUCAGCAGGGAACAGGAGCUCUGACAUUUAAAGGAGCCUGAUUUUGUGAUGCACAAAAAUGAUUGCUCUGAAAAACACUUGAAUUAGACAUGCUGUGAGUUGCCAAAAAUAGACAUAUUGAAGGCUUUUUACUUUUCUUUAAGUAAUGCAUAGUUCUUAUGCUUGGAAAAAAAUCAAUAGCCUUUAGCUUUCUAGGCAAUAAACAAAAUAUUGGGGAGGCAGAAGGGUUUGAAGGUAGGCAUUUGGAGAAGUGUAAUGUAAGCUAUUGGUGCUGGUUUUCAGUCUUUUCCCACAUGUGCAAGACAAAAUGUGGAGGUGGUGAUCCUCCAAGAUCAUCCUAUCUUUGCAAAACCAACAGAAAUACAUGUAUGUACACAGUUGUUUGUUUUUUUUCCUAGCCACGGGUGCUAGUAUAUAUGGGGAUAAAAUUUUUAAACAGUGCAAUACGUUGGAAUAUUAAUAACUCCCAAAUUGCUUACAUUUGAUUUCCUCGCUAUGGCAGAGAUAGGAUGAGUCACUGAGGGUGGAGCUGAGUAUUGAGCCACUGCUUUUGAGGCCUCUAAAAAUAAAUACAAUGAUAUAUUCCCUGUAGACUUUACAUUCUGUUGCAAUUUUCUCUUUAAGAGUGAAAGUUCUCUGGAAAUAAAAUGUGUGUAAACAGGUGUGCUUUUAAUACAGGAUCUGAUACAAACACAUGUGGAACUUGGAGUCAAAAUAAUGAAGGUUCUUUUACAUGGGGACACAUGAUUUAGCCUUGAAUGUUAUUUAUUAGCUGUAAAUACCAUAUUUAUGUGUUUAAAGGUAGUUUGUAUAUAUUGCUAAAGUUGCCGAGAGUCUUUACAUUUAUACAGUUGUGUGGUAUUCAUCCUGUAUAUACCUUACAGAGAGAUUUUUAUCAACAAACCAUUUACACUGCAUUAUUUCCGGUGUGGUUAAUAAGUUUAAAAAAAAAAAAAAGAAAGCUCCUCAGUUUUGUACAGAAUGGAGACCUGUGGUUUUAAUAAAACUCUCAAACUGA